CUUCCACAUCAGCAGUGAGACCAGGCCCAAGACACACGCCUGCCACAGUCAGUACUUCGCAAUGUCCGCUACAGUUCUCGGCAAGCGCUCUCGAGCGAUAGAAACGACAGACACUUCAAAUGAAAAUGCAUGCACGAAGCGACGAAUUACGAUCGCAUCUUCGAAUGACGAGAACUUCAAUCCUUUUGUGACCCGGGGUCAACAUGAAAAUAUCGAUGGUCAAGACGACGAGUUGUUGGGUGGUGAACAUAGUCGCAAAAGGACUCGAAACAUAAUAAUAGCAUCAGUACGAAAGAGUCCUGCCAAGUUGAAUACGCACGAAGCACUAGAUGUUGUCUCUCCUUCUCGAAGGGAUGCUUCGUCUCGCAAGAGGUCAAGAUCAAUUGUGGACAUUUAUCAGGACGGCAACUCCGAACGGGACGCCUUCCCCCGGACUCCAAGACACCGUGAUGCAUUGCAGAAGGUUGCAGUCACGCCGCGACACCGAGUCCUUGUUGCCGGAGAUCAGAAUACACCUCGUUCGGCAAAGAAGCUGGGCACGCCAUCCCACACUUCCACCUCGAUAUUCAAUCAAGCGCGCCAACUCUUUGCUCGCUGCUCAAAUCCUGGCAAAAUCGUGGGUCGCGAUGCCGAGCGGGCGGAGCUCGCACAAUUCGUUCAAUCACGCGUCAAAUCACAAUCUGGCGGUUGCCUAUAUAUUUCCGGGCCACCAGGAACUGGCAAGAGUGCAUUACUCGGCGAUGAGAUAUCGCAAUGGUCAAAGGACGAAAACAUCAAAGUCUCCGUCAUCAACUGUAUGAGCGUUCGGAGCACAAAAGACCUUAGCCAAAAACUGGCAGACGAUCUCGACCUGCUAGACGGAACCGGUUUCGAUUACAUACGCUCAAACUUUAUGCAACGCAAAAAUGCAGCCCAUAAACAAUUCUUGGUGGUGUUGGACGAGGUCGAUUGCCUCGUGGAUCUGGACCUGGCGCUACUUUACAGCCUUUUCGAAUGGUCUCUUGAAGCCGAAUCGCGCCUGAUUCUGAUUGGUAUCGCCAAUGCCCUGGAUCUCACUGACCGUCUAUUACCCAGACUCAAAACACGGAAUCUGAAGCCAGAUCUUUUACCUUUUAUGCCAUAUACCGCUACUCAGAUCGCGGAGGUUCUGACGGCAAAAUUGAGAAGUUUGGUUGGUGAGGAAUCACAGUCUGUUCCUUUCCUCCAACCUGCAGCCAUUCAGUUUUGCGCGAAGAAAGUCGCCGCUCAGACUGGUGACCUCCGUAAAGCAUUUGACAUUUGCCAGAGGGCCAUCGACCUCGUCGCGAGUGAGACCCGUGAUCGCCAAGAGGAGAAAAGUCUCCACGAUAGCCCUUCCAAGAUACCACUUAUGGAAAACUGCAAUCUGGCGUCCCCUCACUCGCCCGCAACACCCUCGAAAACGCAAUCCGCUUUCACAAUCGAGACAGCACCGAAGGCCACAAUCGCACACAUCGCCCGUGUCACUGCGCAAGCCUUUGGCAACGGAGCUACACAACGCCUUGUGGGCCUCAAUCUUCAACAAAAGGCCGUGCUCUGUGCUCUUGCUGCGCUUGAAAAGCGGAAACGCGAUGCACAGAUGCAAAAAGUCAUGUUCUCUACCCCAUCAAAGACCGGCCACAGCACCGCUCCGACGAUCAAACAGCUGUUCGAAACCUAUUCGGCACUAUGCAAGCGCGAGAGACUGUUCCACGGGCUUUCCAUUCUCGAAUUCCGCGAUGUGGUCUCGGGUUUGGAGGGCUUGAAUCUGAUCUCGCCAGCGGAUGGGCGCAGUGGAAGUUUCGGUACACCACUUACUCCAUCCCGAACGCCGAGCCGCAGAGGCAAGAAUGCUUUCGCAGGCCCGACAGCUAUGGGGGAUGAGCGACGAAUGGCAAGUGCUGUGUCGAAGAAGGAAAUUGAAUCUGCCAUCCAGGGUGGACCAGGUGGAGAGCUCUUGAAGGAAAUGUUGGAGGGUGAGGUGACAUUAUGAGCGGAAAGAUCAGGCAAGCAUGUCGGUUUCAUGAGAUAGAUUUGCGGCGCAUUGUUUUGAGCAUGUUCACGCCUUUAUGAUGAGGACUUGAUUGUAGUCACGAAUACCCCUCUUGAAUUGAUGGCAUCACAGUAGAUAGGUAUCUCAAAUCCUUUACUCAUACGCAACU